AUGGCCCUUCGAGCCUUUCUCUCCCUCCUGCCUGCGCUGUCUCUGGUGACGGCGGCUCCCAGUGUCGAGCCCCAUCAGCUCUCUAAGAGAUGUGUCAACUCGGCAGAUGACCGCAGCUGCUGGGGUGACUAUGAUCUUUCCACAAACUACUAUGACGAAGCCCCCUUUACCAAUGUCACCCGCGAGUAUUGGUUUAAUAUCGUCAACACCACUGCUUCCCCAGAUGGCGUCGAGAAGAUAGUCUUGGCUGUCAAUGGAAGUAUCCCGGGCCCGACCAUUGUUGCUGACUGGGGUGAUACUGUUGUCGUGCAUGUGACCAACUCAAUGCAAAACAACGGCUCUUCCAUUCACUUUCACGGAAUCCGACAAAACUUCACCAACCAGAAUGACGGCGUGGCCUCCAUCACGCAGUGUCCCACUGCGCCCGGCGACACGACCACCUACACCUGGCGAGCGCUGCAGUAUGGCACCUCCUGGUGGCACUCGCACUUCUACGUGCAGGCCUGGGACGGCGUCUACGGUGGGAUCCAGAUCAAUGGCCCAGCCACGGCAAACUACGACGAAGAUCUGGGCGUCGUGAGCAUGAUGGACUGGGACCACGACACCGCAGACAACCUGGUGCUCCAGUCGGCCGUUACUGGCCCGCCCACCAUGGCCAACGGUCUCAUCAACGGCAUGAACGUCUACACGCUCGAGGACAACAGCACCGUUGGGUCUCGCUACGAGAUGGAAUUCACCUCUGGGCAGCGUUACCGCCUGCGCCUGGUCAACACUGCUGCUGAUACGCACUUUAAGUUCACCAUCGACAACCACACCAUGGAGGUGAUCGCAAGCGACUUCGUCCCCAUCCAGCCCUACACAACCGACGUCGUGAACAUCGGCAUUGGCCAGCGCUACGAUGUGAUUGUGACUGCUGACGCCCCGUCCGACAACUACUGGAUGCGCGCCAUCGCCCAGCUCGCCUGCUCCGACAACGACAACCCAGACAACAUCAAGGCCAUCAUCCGCUACAGCGACGCCGCCAACAGCACCGCCGACCCGACCUCAACCGCGACUGCUGACGCCUCCGUGGACGAAUGUGUUGACGAGCCCGCAGCCAGCCUGGUUCCCUAUCUGGCCAUCCCGGCGGGCGGAUCCGCAGAUGUCACGGAUAACUUCGCUGUCGCUGUCGAGCAGCUGGCUGGACGUGUCGACUGGGCCAUGGGUAACACCACCUUCAUCAACGAGUGGGGCUAUCCCAGCAUCCAGCAGGUCUACGACGGAAACAACACGUGGGGUGAGAGCCAGAACGUGAUCCAGCUGCCUCAGGCCAAUGAGUGGGUCUACUGGAUUGUGCAGACCACCAUGGGUGUCACCCAUCCUAUGCAUAUGCACGGCCACGACUUCUGGGUUCUGGGCGCCGGAACCGGCACUUUUGAUUCCGCCACCGCCAACCUCUCCACCGUCAACGUGCCUCGUCGCGAUGUUACCAUGCUGCCGGCAAGCGGAUGGACGGUCAUUGCAUUCAUUACUGACAACCCUGGUGUCUGGCUCACCCACUGCCACAUCGCCUGGCACACAUCCGAGGGCCUGGCCGUGCAGAUGGUCGAGCGCGAGUCCGAGAUAGUCGACCUGAUCGACGCCGACCUUAUGAACAGCACCUGCAGCGCCUGGAAUGACUACGCCAACAAGGUCGCCCUCGUGCAGGACGAUUCGGGCAUAUAAAACUCCCUCUCAAACGGAGAGAGAAGAGAACAUUGCCCCUGCCCCGGCUAUGCGGCCUGCAAAGCCCCUUUUUCUGUUGUACAUAUUCGGGGCACUAUAUUUUUUGUGUGGUUUUCUUGGUCAUGUCUAUUUACGAAACGAUUCGAUGGCACUUGUGUGGGUUUGCGAAACAAAAUAACCGAGAAAACUCGUAUAAAUAGUGUGAAUGGCGUCUAGGAACUAGGAGUGUGAACUAUGGCUCGUAAUAUAAUAGAUACGAAUAUUGCUAAAACAAAAAGCAAACAAAAGAAACAGCAAAGAUCGUUCAU